AGCUCUAGACAUUUGUUGCUCUAAUGACCUCUUCAGCCAAGAGUGGGAACAAGGGAGAGGAGCCCUGCCCACAUUGGUUCCCAGCUGAAUAAAAUUGCCCUGAUACCCUUUGCUCUUCCAGAGGAGAGAACUGCCCAACCCAAUCACAGCUCCCUGGUGUGUGCCGCUGACAUCCUUUGCAGGGCUCAGCUACUUCAGCAGUGGCCCCUGGAGACCACAGGUACCAUGUGCUGGGUGGAGCCCUGUACUCUGCUGUUCUGGGGAUGGCUAGAGGUGUAGAGAGAUUCCUUUGUGAAACUAACGGGGCAAGCCUGAGCCCACUGAGGUUGGCAUCCCUGACACUAUGCACCCAUGAAUGCCAGUCUGCCUUGGGAAUGGGGACCCACUGCUUAGGAGAGACCAAGAUCACCAGAGAGCUGAUGGGUCCCUGGGGUGUAGGGCCCUGUCCCUUCCUCUGGCUCUCCAUUCUCCUUAUGGAGCCACAGAUUCUGAGAAGAAACUUCUGGGGAAGGGUCUGCUAGGUUGCUGAGGGCAUAGUCCCCAAGGCAUACUGCCCCAUGUUUGUGUUCAUGUUCACCCUGGGUUCUGGGCUGUUUUUGGGUUGGUGCUAGUAGCUGAGAUGGUGGCUGCCAACACCUGAUAUUGGACCAACUGAGGCUUAGGAGGGCCUCUGGAGACAAGGCCCAUCCUUUCAACCUGGGUGCUUUGGGGUGAUUGCCUCCCAGAGCACUGUCCUGCUCCUUUCUCCCCAAGCCGAAUGAAGGGCUGCUGUCCUUGUGAGUGGUCUGGGACUAGGCCACUGGGAAGUUGGUGCUGAUGAGGCUGAGGGUGGGGGCCCUCCUACUCUCUGGCCUUGUGAGCUUCCUUUCUGGUCCUCUCCAGGAUGUGGGUUUCCUUGGAGCCUCUCCCAGCCCCACUCUUCACUUAAUCACCAAAGCACUCCUGUCUCUGAAAAGGGAAACAUGUAAAUAUGGUUAGGGGGGUAAUUGUAAGAUACUAAGACCUAUUUUUAUGUGAUUGAUGAAUUUAAUAUUGUACAGUGAUUUUUCAAGCCAAACGAGUUUUUACGUCUUUUCGUGUGUGUGUGUGUGUGUGUGUGUGUGUUUUCUCCAUUUAUUUCGAGCUCCUUUCGGGUGGGAGGAAGGAAGGCGAGGCCCAGACUAUGGCAAGCCUCGCCGCGCCUGGGCCGCUCUUUGCUGAUCGCCCCUUGAGCUGCUGCUGUCUCUGUAAGACGUUCUUCACGUUCCCUCAAUCAGGAAGAGAGGCGGGACAAGGGUAAACUGACGGGCCUGUCAGCCAAUUGGCGGCUGGCAGAGGUAGCGGGACGAGCUCGCAGUUCCGGUUCCGGCGGGAGUCGGGCGCGAGCCCCGGGGAGGUAGACUGGGGCUGCGGGGCUGGCCCUGGUCUGCGGCGCCUGCCUCUGUGUCCCGCCCAGCCGCGCGAUGCCCCUGCACAAGUACCCUGUCUACCUCUGGCGGCGGCUGCGGCUGCGGGAGGGCAUCUGCUCGCGCCUGCCCGCGCAUUUCUUGCGCUCGCUGGAGGACGAGCGCACGCCCACCGCCGUCCACUACAGGCCCCACGGGGCCAAGUUCAAGAUCAACCCCAAGAACGCGCAGCGGGAGCGCGUGGAAGACGUGCCCAUCCCCAUUCACUACCCGCCGGACUCCCAAAAGGGGCUGUGGGGCGGCGAGGGCUGGAUCCAGGGCUACAGAUACGCCAACAACGACAAGCUCUCAAAUAGGGUGAAGAAGUUGUGGAAGCCGCAGCUGUUUCAGCGCGAGCUGUACAGUGAGAUCUUGGACAAGAAGUUCACUGUGACUGUGACCAUGCGGACCCUGGAUCUCAUUGAUGAUGCCUAUGGGUUCGACUUCUAUAUUCUCAAGACCCCAAAGGAGGACCUGUGCUCCAAGUUUGGUAUGGACCUGAAGCGAGGGAUGCUACUGAGGCUUGCCCGCCAGGACCCCCAGCUGCAUCCAGAUGACCCUGAGCGGAGGGCAGCCAUCUACCACAAGUACAAGGACUUUUCCAUCCCGGAGGCAGAGGCUGAGUGGGUGGGCCUGACACUGGAAGAGGCUGUAGAGAAACAAAGGCUCCUGGAGGAGAAGGACCCUGUCCCCCUGUUCAAGAUCUAUGUGGAGGAGCUGGUCCAGCAGCUUCAGCAACAGGCACUUUCAGAGCCUGCAGUGGUGCAGAAGCGAGCCAGUGGGAAGUGACCACACCCCCCCUCCAUCACCUGACUACCAGGCUCAGCCUUUCCCAGUGGGCCUUUUAGCACUAUGGGUGCUUCCUGGAGUGGCUGUAAGGGCCACCUGUGAGCAGUGGAUGAAUUGUGGGUCUGGUGGCCACACAGAUUCUGGGUGGACUUUUCAGAGGCCCUCAGAGCCUUUGUUCCACGACCCCAGGAGGCCUGGAGCUCAGCAGUGGCUCAGUCUAGAUGGGUCAAACACACAGCAUUUAUUGUGCCUGUGGGGCACGGAGUGAAUAAAGUCUAAGCCAGGCUGUGUGUGUGCUUCUUUGCUUGGAGGACUGGAUUUCUCCCUCCCUGUUGCCCCUUGCCCCAAAGACCUAGAGUGGGUUGUAUGCAGUUCCCUGUCCCCACAGAACUGUGGAGCCAAGGUUCCCACAUAGUUGAAGCAUCUGUAGCAGGAUAGUGCUGGUUCCAUCCCAUUGCACAUCCUUGCUUGUUCUGGAAUAUUCUCUAGGGUAGGGAAGGGAGGCUGAGGCCCAGCUUUGCACUGGAAGGAUCCCUGUGGUGUGCCCUGCAGAACCAGAGGGGCUGCUGGUGGCAGCUUCUUCGAUAGGGAGCCUCUGUUAGC